CAAAGGUUGGAUUGAGGAAGACAGCCAGUGGAUGACCCAGAUAAACAGACUCCAAAAGCUGAUUGACAGGCUGGAAAAGAAGGACCUAAAGCUUGAGCCAUUUGAAGAGGAAAUUUUGGAAGAAAAUGCAAGAUCUCACAUAAUGAUUGUUCAGCGUCAAAUGUCUGUGAUAGAAGAAGAAAUUGGGGAAUUCCGGCUUGCUCUGAAGCAGUACGUAGAAUCUGCUUCUACUCAAGGCGGCUGCUUGCAUGUUUCCAUACAGAAACUUCCAAGUGAUUCGCGCUUCAUUGUUUAUGAGUUCUGGGAGAACAGCAAUGCCUGGAAUAGCCACCUUCAAAUGAAUUACAACAAGACAUUCCAAAGAAGUAACGUGGACUUCUUGGAAACUCCAGAGCUCAUCACAACAAUGCUAGUCCCUGCAUCGUGGUGGGUCCUCCCUCAGUAACAACUGGAAGUUGUGGUUCCAAGUCAUGUUAAUGUUGCAUUGUUUUUCAUUACAAGAACAUUCAUAUAGCAGCGUACAGGUAUGCUGAGUUAUGAAUCUAUGAUGUGAUACUGUUUGUUAUUAUGGGUGUGAUCUUUUCCAUUUUAAAAUAUGGAAAACUGCACAUUUAUUACCUUUUCUUCUUGUGACUAGUUCAGUGAAAUUAUGCAUUCUAAAAGCUGAAGACAACAAUGCUAAACUGUUUGUUGUGUAUAUUCAAAAUGUCAUAGAAAAGUGCAUCUUGAUUGUUACAACUAAAUAUUUGUGAA